AUGGUCGAAAGAAAAAUUCCUCAGAAGGCGCAAGCCGCCAUUCCGAGUCGAAUGGGCGGCCGGAAGUCACGCAAGCACACGUGUUUCUACGUCCCGUGGUGCUAUCAGGCCGGCUACGAUGAAAACACGGCGCCGAUAGAAACUGGUCUGAUGAAAGCGAAAACCUCCCCCCCCCCCCCCCCUCCCUUGCCCCUCCACCCCCAGCCAGUC